GUUCCCUCGCACGGUAAAAAUAGCUGAACACAAUAGCUCAAACUCUAUUUUUAGGGCGUGUAUCACUAAAAUCUUAACCACACACUGUUAUCUAUCACCUUGUUCCUUACGGCGCGGAAAUACAACAUAUUAUUAUUGUGGGCAGUCUGAGGCGAGCGCAGCGCACCGCUCCUCCACUCGCAGCGCACAAUCGAUACCGCCUCACGUCAGUCAGGCCUUGUUUCCCCGGACACUACAUUGUCGAUUUAGUUGUCGCUAGCUGCCUUAGUUUUUAGUAAACAGGGGUGUUGUUAAAGAUGUUUUAGAGGCGUGUUUGAAAAGUUUAUUUGAAAAUGGAAGCGAAUGGCAAGCGGUACAUUCGCAGCGACUCGGCGAGCUGCGCUCACAUGGUGGAGGAGGGCUCCAACCACACGAGGAAGCCCGUGGACCCCCACGAGAAGCUGAAGGCCCUUCUGAACUCCCCUGAUGAGGACACAGACGACAGCCUGCCUCCCUCUGACGCGCCCAAGUUCGGGACAGUGAUCCACAACAGGAUCUUCGUGGGGGGCUUCUCGCUGACGACCACUGACGAGGACCUGUGGAAGUUCUUCUCGGGGUUCGCGACGGUGACGGCGGCGCGGGUCAUCUACGACCGAGCUGGUGUCUCCAAGUGCUACGGCUUCGUCACGUUCGCCAGUCCACGGGUCGCCCGACUGAUCGUCAAACAGAGCGGGGGCGUCAUGUUCUCGCCCCUGGGGCGGCUGCGGGUGGCGCAGGCUGUCCGGAAACAGAUGAGCCAACUGCCAGUGAUAACCUCCGAGGCGGCGCCCCUCCAAGCCCCGCUGUGCUACCAGCUGCUGUGCGCGCCCCCCCUCGCGCCCCAGCCGCUCUGCGCCCCCGUCGAUUUGCCGCCCCCCUACGCCAUGUAUCCGAUGCCUUUUGAUACGGCGCAGCUCUACGCACCCCCGACGCAGUACACCCUGGUGCCGGCGCCCUACCCCGCCCAGUGCUGCGAGCCGGCCUGCUGCACCCCCCUGGACAAGCAGCCCCGCGCCCCGCCGCCGCCCUUGCACCCCGCCUACAUCUACUGAGCCAACGACCAAAGGACCGUACUGCUUUGGAGAUAAGCCGCGCCCGCGCCUCGCCACGGUCCUUCGGUCCCACUUUUCGCGAAAUUUUGAGUACGCGCUUGGUUGGUUAUGAAAGGUUUAGUUUUGGGAAGGUAUUUAAGUAGCAGUUUCACCUUGAAAGUUUUCGGUUUGCUCGGCUUCCAAAAGACUCAUUUGUUUUUGAUCAAUUUAAUGUUAUAGUUGUCGCAGUAUGUUCCUUUUGCUCAAGUCUUCCAACUUCAGUGCUCAUGCUCAAUCAGUGAAACUUUCUGUAUUCGUCAUAAUUUUAAGUCGAUAAUCCCGUAUUUAUACUUAAUUAUUAUGUGUCUUUUAACUCUUGAUGUGGUGUAUCAACUGUCGAGUGUAUCUUUGUACUGUAAAGUGUUCAUGAAACCUCAGAUGGUCUUCUUCCAAUGAAGUCCCGUAUAAAAAACGGCCUGCUUUCUCUUAUAUAUCCUAUACUUAGUUAGGUAUGUAUCACGAUACUUACAUAUUUCUAGAUCUUUAAGAAAUAUCUAAUAUAAUCUUUGUGAGAGUGAAAUAUACUAUUCAAUGUGAUCGCUGGGUCUGUUGCUUCGACUCUACAUCUCGUUCAAUUUGAAAACAAUAAUCACAGUUCUAAUAAAUUAGAUGUCAUUAAAAUUGAAUGUGGUGUAGUAGUUACUACGUUUUAAUAAUAAUAAAAAUGUAUUUACCUACGUGCUUCGUUAGCACAACGAAUUAUAUUAAUUAGCACACAAAUCUAAGAUGAUAAAUAAUUAUUUAGAAAAGACGUUACCUCUUAAAAAAGACAAAAUCGUUGUUGAAUGAAUAUUUGUUAUCCUUUAAAAGGAUUUUGUUUUACCAUGUUUUAGAAUUUGUUUUACCCUUUGGUACUCUUAUAGAGCUAAUGGAUUAAUGGUUAAGUUAUUAUUGUUGAUAUUUAUAUUUAUGUAUUAAGGGUCCAACUAAGUGGGCAAAUGGAUCCUGGAGUUUUAGUGGGAUCUGUGAUAGAACAAUAGUGGAGCGAGCCGCGCCGCCGCGCGAAUGCAUAUCCGGUUAAAUAAUGUAAAAGCUAUGAUUUGAAAAUCUAGAAUCUAUUUGCGCCCAAUCCCGAGAUGUAAUCAGCAUGCAAUAACUAAUGUUUAAGUUUUGAUUUAAAUAAUAAUUAUAAUAGAGUUGUUAAGUUUUAAUAAAUGGCAAUCGUUUUGCGAAUCGUCAAGUUUGUGAUAUCAAAUUUCAUUGAAAUAGUAAGUGACAAUCAUCAGUGCAGUUUUAGAUGAUCUUUCAGUUAGGUGUAAGGUUGUCGUUGUUGAUAAUGUUGACUCUCAGAAUGCUGAACACAGAAAUUGUCAAGUGUUAUUAAUAUCAUAGGACCAAAUAAAUUUUGGAGCAAGCAACACGAAUUCUGUAUUUUGAUAUUAUAGAAUGGUUGGUCUAACUCUACUGUCACAAAGAAAAAAAAAUCAAAAAUAUUAUACGUAAUUCAUGAUUGUUGAAUGUGAGUAUUAAAUUUUGAUGUUGUAUUUAAUCGAUCACUUUUAGAAUAAGCCUUUGUCUCAAUUAUUACUAUACUUCAUUAUACGAUUAGUAUUACUGAAAACGCUGUCAAUUCGUCUUGGAUUUUUACACAUAUUUAUUGUGUAUUGUUAGUUUUAAGUGUAGUCUCUAAAACGGCGAUAAAAUCUUACACGUACGUGGCUUUUUUGCUCAAUUUGUUAUUGUUUGACUAUCACUACUGUCUGAUAGACACUAUCCUUAACGGCUUUCAAAUACAAAUUAAGUUCCUUAUUGAUGUUGUUUUACACAAAAUUCUGAGAUGUUAACGUUUGUAUAACUAUUAAGGUGUUCACGAUUCUAAGUGUGUUCGAUGUUAUUGCAAGUUUAUCUUUAACUCAGUACAAGGAAUUUUUAUAUCGAAACAAAGUAUGAAACUAUAUUCACAAUUGCAGAUUCUAUGUACAUGUUAUAUCACUCGUAUACACUGCUUGUACCAAUUUGCGUGGCCUCCUAGCAACUCUAUAAAAUGCUAACAUAUCGACUAUGAUGAAUCAAUAAUUAAAGCUAUUUUUUGUAUAUCUAUCUUGUAUAUAAUCUUUCGCUAGAUGGAUUUAGAUUUCUGAUGGUAACUAACGUAUUUUAGACAAUACUUAUAUGAUAGAUUAUUAAAUAAUAGACGAAUAUUUAUAAUUUAGAUAAUUAUACUUAUAAUAUAUUAAAAAACGAAUCGUUAAAACUGAUAGUGAAAUUGUAGAUUAUACUACUACGUAGCAGAUCUUUUAAAUGUUCUUGUUAAUUUACCAGCUUGUUGUAGCUACUAUCAUUAAAAUCAAAAAAGGUUGCUUCAUAUUAAUUAGAAUUUAUCACUUCGCCGGCAGAAGUAAAGCCACGCGCUCGUUAGCUUCCGAUCGUCGACUCUGACUUUCAAAUAUUUGCGUAAACACACUCUUGAUAACAUCUUGAUUAAUACGAAGUAAGCUUAUUGAAGAAUCCGUCUCAAUUUCGUAUUACGGUAUAACACAUAAUAAUGUACAGGGACGACGACAAUACACAUUCGUUACAUUGUUUUAGAGAUGACUGUGUCUGAUGACGUCAUUGUCCUUUGAGGAUUAAUGGAGGGCGUUAGAGUAUUGGCAUGUUACUAUUGUUACCGUUAAUAUUUACAAAAUAAUGUCUGAUUAACACGGAGAAGUAGAUUCUUGUCUAUUUACUUAACUCAUAGCAAAAGUUAAGGACGGUGUUCACAAAUGAGGUUAGAGUCCGAUAAAAUUUUCUUUAAAUGAGUAAAGAUGAGUAAAUGUAAGCGUCCACCUUUAGACAUCCUAUGCAACGGACGCACCAUAGUCAGUAUUCUUUUUAUAGAAAUUCACAAAAUAGCGUCCACUUCAUCGGCGUUGCCGGUACGUACUAUAAAGAUAGGUGGACUCUUAACUUCAGACAUCAGUGUCUGAAAUUACAAAGUGUUGCUCUAAUAAAGUUUUUGGUGUUAGCACUCGUUUCUAUCGCAGGUUUGUCGGGCUCUAGUUUGUUUUGGUGAUAUUGUUAUUUCCUGUCAAAAACAAACAUGCUAAUUUGCUUACAUGUUGCAAAAGUUGCUCAUCAAUACCUAAUAUUUUAAAUACUAUUGGAGUUGAAUACUGUAACGUGUUUCUUGUAACCUUUGUAAAGAAAGUGUAAAAACGAUAUGAUCCUAAAAUAUACAGUUCAAUCCAAGCGGCCAAUUUCAUGUUUUUACAAGUAUAUUUUUGUUUGUCGUGUGACUGAUAAUGUUGAACAAAUAUGAUGGUAUGUCUUGCAUAGUAAAAAAACUGUCUUGGCCCAGGCAGAAACCUUUUGAUAGAUCUUUACAACUUUAUGACCCAUGUUUUGUUGUGAUAGUUUUACCCUAUUGAAAUCACGGUAACUCUACAUAAUAUUAUUUAUUGAUAGAUAAUUUCAUAGCAAUAUUUAAAAUGUUGACUACUUUUAAGAACACUUUAGAUUGCCAUGCGUAGGAAGCUUCAGUGAUCGACCACUUUGUAGAAAUAACGAAGCUCUCAGACAAAUUUAGGACGAAAAGGAAAUCAUUUAUUGCUAUACGUAACAUUUUCUUAAGUAGAAAUAACUAACUAUUAAAAAAUAUUAUGUACCUAAUCACGAAUUUAGAUUUAUGGUUAAAACUCUGUUUCUUUAGUUGCCAAGUUAUUCCUACCUUUUAAAACCAUUUUCAUUUUAUUUGGUGCUACUGUAAAACUGUAAUAGAACUUAUAGUUACAGUGUAUAUGUAUAACAGAGUCGUUGUCGAACAGAUUGGAUACUAUCAGAAUAUUGAUUUGAUGUUGUUUUGUAUCAGUUACUUCGAUUUUUGUUAUAUCAUUUACACAUAAUUUACAGGAUACAAAUUGUACUUUUCUAUAUGCAUAAAAUAAAUGAUUGCUUAAUUUUUUAUUUAUGAUGAUGGCAGAAAAAUAUUAUUAAAAUGUUUCUUAAAUUAAGUCCGUAGUAAUAAUAAUAAUUACUAAUAAACUAGUAGUCGUGAUCAUUCUUAUCAUUACGCACACGAUAAUAAUAAUUACUGAUAAUCGAAUUAUUGAUAAGUUGAACCUACCAUUGUAUCAUCGAAUAUUAUUGUUGAUUGUUAUCGUAAAAUAAUAAUUGUCUAGAUAUUUAUUGUAUGUGAUAUUGUUACUGAUAUAAUAGAUAUUUUGAUGCUAAAGUAUGAAAUCGAUUAUUCUAUAUCCAUCUUGUUGACUCUUGUGUCUAGUCUAGUUAUAAACGAUUCUCUUUUAAGAUCUAGAUGUAUUCAUAGAAACAAAUGAAAUCUUACGCUACUCGCCUUCUUCAUAAAAAUAUAUCAUCGCAUAAGUGUAUUUACUGGUAUAUUAUACUGUAUAUUAUAUAAACCAGUUUUUUUUGGUAUUAGAAGACAAAUAUUUAUAACUGACCUCUAAGUUGCAUUGAGAAAAUAUAUCAAUUCGGUACCUACCAGCUAAUUUAACCAUUUGUUUGAGGCCAUUUAGUUUACAAUAACCCGAUUAUAAUUUAUUUAACAUAUUUUUGAAUAGCCAUACAAAUCUUUCUAUUUAUGUAGGUAUAAUAUGAAGUAUGUAGGUAUCUACUACAGAAUUCUUAUUCUACAAUUUUUCAAAAAAAUUGCACAAAAUUACAAUUGGUUUUAUCUAUCUGUCAAAAUUAUCCGUAACUAUGAUUUAACUGGAUGUUUCAAUAAUAUCUUUUAUAGUCUUAAGAUAUAAUUAGUAUUAAGAUGAAGCAAUAAAGUAUGUUUAGCUUUUAAGGUAUUAAAAUAAUUAAUGGAUAA